AUGGGCAGCAUCUCACCAGCCCUCGCAUAUGAUGUCAACCAUCAAUGGGCGACUCCACAUGCUAAGCAGACAUUGAACUCAUGGUCUAAGUUCAAUAAACAUAUAAAAGCCGGUAGCAUUCUCAUCGAUGGCCAAUCGCUGGAUGUCGCCUCCGUUGUUGCCGUAGCGAGAAACGGCGUUGGGCUCGCCCUCAAAGAGGACGAAAAUGUCGUUCACGGCAUAGAGGCAAGUGUUCAAACCCUGCAGGGCUACCUUUCGAAGGGCUUCUAUCUGUAUGGUGUCAAUACUGGCUUUGGAGGUAGUGCGGAUACUCGCACCGACGACUUAUAUGGUCUCCAGCGAGCGUUAAUGCAGCAUACGCAGAGUGCCAUCCUAACAAAGGAAGACAAAUCAGACUCACCCAGUGGUCAUGAGUACCUUGAGUCUCACAGUAUGCCUAGCGCCUGGACCAGGGCUAUGAUUCUCAUCCGGUGUAAUGCCAACAUUCGCGGCCAUUCUGCUAUGACUCGCAAUGUUGUUGACACCAUGAUCAAAUUACUAGAGCAAGAUAUUGUACCAGUCGUUCCCCUUCGCGGCUCUAUCUCUGCAUCGGGUGAUCUAAUGCCUCUGUCAUAUAUCUCUGGAGCAAUCCAGGGAUCACCGGACGUCUAUGUGCGUGUUGGCAGUCGAAAGGGCUUACCGCGCGUCAUCACCGCGGAGCAAGCUCUGGGGGAGGCCUCAAUUACGCCUAUUAUUUUAGGUCCCAAGGAGGGUCUGUCACUCAUCAACGGAACGGCAGCUGCCACUGCUGUUGCUAGUCUUGGGUGUUACGAAGCCAAUCAGCUGGCUGUAGUGUCGCAAUUGCUGACUGCUUUAUCAUCUGAGGCCCUGUAUGCGAACAACGAGUGGGCACACCCAUUCAUUGCCGCAGCACGCCCUCACCAAGGACAGAUUGAGGCUGCACAGAACAUCCGAACAUUCCUUUGUGGAUCAAAACUGUCCUAUGGUUUGGAGCAGACUAAAGACCGAUUCUCGGCGGGGCUGGCCCAAGAGCGCUAUGCAUUGAGAAGCUCACCCCAAUGGCUCUCGCCGCAGCUCGAAGACCUCCUCAGCGCUGAGAAGCAGCUCCAUACUGAGCUCAACUCGACGUCUGAUAACCCCGUUGUCAAUGUUCUAGACAACGACAUCCAUUGCGGUGCCAACUUCCAGGCCGCCUCAGUCACGUCGGCUACAGAGAAGAUCCGUCUGGCCUUGCAGUCCAUCGGCAAGAUGCUUUUCAGCCAGACUAGCGAGAUGAUCAACCACGACCUAAGCAAUGGUCUCCCGCCCAAUCUGGCGGCUGAUGACCCUAGCCUCUCCUUCUGCCUCAAGGGUAUCGACGUCAACACUGCUGCCUACACGUCUGAACUCGGCUUCCUCGCAAAUCCAGUCAGCAACCACGUUCAAUCCGCAGAGAUGCACAACCAAGCCAUCAAUUCUCUAGGUCUCCUCUCUGCGCGCCAGACCAUGGCUGCAGUCGAGGUCCUAUCCUUGAUUGUCGCCAACUGCCUGUAUACAGGCUGCCAAGGCGUGGAUUUGCGGACCCUCCACCGGACCUUCAUCGCCAGCUUAAGAGAUCCCGCCCGCCAACUCAUCACGAGUUUCUUGCCAAGCGAGGGCUGGCUUGCGGCCGUUGAACAUGAAUUCUUCGACUCGUUCUGGAAACUCUUCGAGGAAGCAUGGUACGAUGCUGCUGCUUACGAUGCGGAUGAACGCGCCCACAAGGCAUCCCAAUCGCUGGCAACAGCCCUUGUGGUGCAUGCCAACCGUAUACCUGCUAUAGUCUCUAUUGAGAAUGUUGCUGAGAUUUCCAAGGCCUUUGAAGCCCUUAUUCUGGACUCGUACUUGGUUCACCGCGACACUUUUCUCCGGAAGCCCACCACUUCUGAAUAUCUCGGACAGGGCACCAAGGCAAUAUAUCUUUUCGUGCGCGAGAAAUUGGGAGUUCCCCUGCAUAGAGGUUUGAUUGAGCACCCUGUUGCUGGAGACAAGGGGGGCAACAAGAUCGAUGGCCGCCCCAAGAAGACCAUUGGAUCUUGGGUAUCCAUUAUUUAUGAAGCGGUUCGUGAUGGAUCACUGUAUGCUGAGGUUUUUGAAUUCUUGCAGGCUGCGGGGGAUGUCAAAGGAAGCAACGAAGUUAAGGGAAGUAAUGGUGUUCAUUAG